AUGAAUUCGUUCUUAACAAAAGAAUGUUGUGAGAAAGCAGACGAACGACGCAUUUAUCAGCGAAAUUGGCUAAGAACCGCAAGACUGAAAAAAUUUGUACAAAAUCGUAUUAUGGAAGAUAUGGAAACAACAACAAUUGAAACAUUUGUCAGAGACUUGAUUACAAGUUCGAAUUUCUCAGCUAGUGAUAGUGUUGAUGAUUAUCAGUUUGAUGGAGAAUAUCUGAAUGAUUAUUGGGAAAAAGCGAUGGAUGUACAUGAUGACUAUGGUGAUGUAUUAAACUUUUUAGAAAUUAGUCAGCAGCAACAACAAGCAACAGAUAAUAAUGAUUAUUUAAGUACAACAGAAGUAUUAUUUGGGAACUCGAUUAAUUCAAUAUAUGAUGCAUGUUUCUUGAUAACGAAAUUUAUACAAGAAUCAAAUAUAAACAAAACAGUAGCAGACAAUCUACUGAAGUUAUUAUCAGAAUUACUACCAUCUAAUAAUCGUUUACCAAGAACAAUGAAUAAAAUACACAAAGUGUUAAAUAAAAAAAAUUAUUUUUAUCAUCAUUAUUAUUGUACAAGAUGUAAUAAUCCAAUCGAUAUCAAAAUUAAUAUCUCAACAUGCCCAAGUUGUAAACAAGCAACAAAAAGCCAUUUAGCUGAAAUAUACAACAGUAACCCAUCAUUUUUAUUGGAAAAUGUAAUCAAUCGUAAUUUGUAUAAAAUAAUAGAAUAUCAAAACAAUGCUCGUUUAAAUAAAGAACUUUGUGGGACCGAUAUUGUAGCACAAAAUGUUUAUCAAAAAUUAUUGCAACAGAAUCAGAAUCUAUUCAUAACAUGUCUGUUACAUGCUGACGGGGCACCAAUUACAAAGCGUAUUAAAAAUUGUAAAAGUAUGUGGGUGUUGCAGUUAUUUAUUGCUGAGCUUCCGCCCUAUUUACGUUUUUCAAAAUCUAAUAUCAUGCUAUUAUCAAUUUGGACUGGAUCAUCGAAGGAAGGUUUCAAUAUUUUUUUACGUGAUAUUGUGAAACAGUUAGAAUUUCUAAACAAAACUGGUUUAUCGAUAAAUAUCGAAAAUGUUCAACGUAUUAUACCAAUUCAUUUUCAGUUUUAUACCGGUGAUUUACCAGCAUUAGAAACUAUGACAAAUACAAUUCAACAGAUCUUAUUUUCUGUUUUAGAAGAUGGGAAUGAACGAUCAUUAAAUGACUAUUAUAGUAACGUUGAAAAGGCCGAAAAAACAGCAACACGUCGAGCAGUAGGUGGAACAUUUGGUUUUUCUGUAUUUGAGCCAAUAUUUCCAAAAAGAAUAUUGACAUCAAUUAAACAUGAUUACAUGCAUUCGACUUUACUUGGUCAAAGAAAAAAAAUUUUAAUAAAUAUUAAUUUAGAUAUUAGACAGUCAAAUAUUAUUGACUCUAUUUUAUUCACAUUGGCAUUACCCGAUUUAGAAAAGGCUGUGGAACGAGAGAGGCGAUCGCAGUAAUGAGGCUAUUAUGCGAAAGGAGGUUGGAGUUUGAUGAGGAGCUGUUUGUUUGCUUUGUAGACUUCGAGAAGGCUUUUGACCGAGU